UUUUUCUUGUUUACCUCUUUCGCACAUGGCAUUGUUUACGGUCCGUGCUAUAGCGCGAUAGCUUACACAUUUUGUUUUAAUCCACCACGAAAAAAUGCCGAAAGUACGCGCAGAAAAGAAAUCCCGAACGCAGGAAGGAGUUGCGAAGCAGGGUAUCGUGUUCAACAAGGACUUCGGCCAACACAUUCUUAAGAACCCGCUCGUCAUCACCUCCAUGCUGGAAAAGGCCGCUCUACGCCCGACGGAUGUAGUGCUCGAAAUUGGUCCCGGGACCGGCAACAUGACGGUAAAGAUACUGGAAAAGGUGAAGAAAGUGGUAGCGUGCGAAAUCGAUACACGGCUCGUGGCCGAACUGCAAAAGCGCGUACAGGGCACCAAUAUGCAGCCCAAGUUGCAAAUCCUCAUCGGCGACGUAUUGAAAACGGACCUACCAUUUUUCGACAUUUGCGUCGCCAACAUGCCGUACCAGAUUAGCUCACCGUUCGUGUUUAAGCUGUUGCUUCAUAGGCCAUUCUUUCGCUGUGCCGUGCUAAUGUUUCAACGCGAGUUUGCUCAACGGCUCGUUGCCAAACCGGGUGAUAAGCUGUACUGUCGGUUAAGCAUCAACACCCAACUGUUGGCCCGUGUCGAUAUGCUGAUGAAGGUGGGAAAGAACAACUUCAAGCCACCACCAAAAGUUGAGUCGAGUGUGGUACGCAUCGAACCCCGGAAUCCACCGCCCCCGAUCAACUACACCGAAUGGGAUGGUUUGACUAGAAUUGCGUUCCUGCGCAAAAAUAAAACACUUGCUGCCGCGUUCAAGCAAACCACCGUACUAGCAACGCUGGAAGAUAACUACAAAUUGCACUGUUCGCUCAAAAACGUGGAUGUUCCGACUGAUCUGAACGUGAAGGCUAUGGUGGAAAACAUAUUGGAAAAGUUGGACGCUGGCAGCAAGCGUGCGCGAUCGAUGGACAUCGAUGAUUUCAUGGCGGUUCUGCAGGCGUUCAAUGCUGAGGGCUUCCAUUUCAGCUAAGCACCGGAGGACGGCCACGUUUGCUUUAACAUUAUAGAUGUAUAUUUAUCUAAUAAAAAUCGUUAAACUGAA